UCUCCCCUCCGAUCCCAAUCUCCUAUCAUCUCAUCCCGGAAACCAUGAAGGUUCAAGUUCUCGGUCGCCCCGGCGGCCAUUUGCUCUUCUCCCACCCCAAAUCACCCAUCGUCUGCCUCGCCAACCAACACCCCGUUGCGAAAAACCCCAUCUUUGACCCCGAGAAACCCUACCGGAGACGGACGAACGCCUCCUCCUCCGCCGCCCCUUUGGCUACUUCCGCUGCCCCUUCUCGCCGCGCCGCCGACGUCCCCGGCCGGCCCUCCCCCUCCUCCCUCUACUCGCGGCCCAGCCUCCAGCAGAUGAAGGCCGAGCGUGCCGCCAACCGCGCCCGCGUCUACGAGUUCCUGCGCUCCCUCGGCGUCGUCCCCGACGAGCUCGACGGCCUCGAGCUACCCGUCACCGUCGACGUCAUGCACGAGCGCGUCGAAUUCCUCCAGUCCCUCGGCCUCACCGUGGACGACAUCAACAGCUACCCGCUCGUCCUCGGCUGCAGCGUCAAAAAGAACAUCGUGCCCGUGCUCGACUACCUCGGCAAGCUGGGCGUCCGCAAGGCCACAUUCACCGAGUUCCUGCGGCGGUACCCGCAGGUCCUCCACUCCAGCGUCGUGGUGGACCUCAUGCCGGUCGUCAAGUACUUGCAGGGCCUGGACAUACGGCCCAACGACAUCCCCAGGGUCCUCGAGAAGUACCCGGAGGUGCUCGGAUUCAAAUUAGAGGGCACCAUGAGCACGUCGGUGGCGUAUCUGGUUGGGAUCGGCGUUGCGAGGAGAGAGAUAGGCGGCGUCCUUACACGGUAUCCAGAGAUAUUGGGGAUGCGAGUGGGAAAGGUGAUCAAGCCUUUCGUCGAGUACCUCGAGUCGAUCGGGUUACCAAGGCUUGCAGUUGCGAGAUUGAUAGAGAAAAGGCCUCAUAUCCUUGGCUUCAGCUUGGAGGAGCAGGUGAAACCCAAUGUUGAGGCUUUGCUGGAGUUUGGUAUUAGGCAGGAGGCAGCAGCUUCGGUGAUAGCGCAAUACCCGGAUAUUAUGGGGCUCGAGCUGAAGGCUAAGCUUACUUCACAGCAGAGCUUGUUUGAAUCGAAUAUCUUGGUUGAUCGUGAUGAAUUUGGAAGAGUCAUCGAGAAGAUGCCUCAAGCUGUUAGCCUAAGCCGCUCUACCGUAUUGAAGCAUGUAGAUUUCCUCAAAGGCUGUGGCUUUUUGUUGAAUCAAGUCGGCAGAAUGGUCGUAGGGUGCCCCCAAUUGCUCGCACUGAAUCUUGAUAUCAUGAAAAUGAGCUUUGAGUAUUUCCAGUCGGAGAUGGAUAGGGAUUUGGAAGAACUUGUUUUAUUUCCUGCUUUCUUUACCUAUGGUAUCGAGUCCACAGUGAGACCUAGGCAUCGGAUUACCUCUAAAAGAGGCAUUAAGUGUUCUCUAGCAUGGUUGCUUAACUGUAGUGAUGAAAAAUUCGAAGAACGGAUGAAGUAUGACUCUAUUGGGAUUGAAGAAAUGGAAACAGAACCAUCAUUCGACAUGAAAUCUCUGUUACAGCCUAGGAAAGACGAAGAAUCUGCUUCUGAAUAUGACGACAGUGAUUAUGAAGACACCGACGAAGAGUAUCUAUGAUAUUUAUCAUGCACCAAUGCUUUCUGCCUGAUGAAACCAAAUGGAAACUUUCUCAGGAAUUUUAUCAUGUGCCAAUGUAGUUUCACCUCGGCAUUGGAAAGGAGCACCAAUUAAAUGGAAACUUUCUCAGGAAGUUCCGUUGAUAUAUUCAGUAGCCAUUUUCAUGACAAGUUCUUGAGGUACAAAUUUUAAUCUGUGCAACUUCCAUAGUUGUGUGAGAUAAAGAAACUACAUUCGGUGAGGUGCUUUAAAUAUGUGAAGUGUUCGAAAAGGACGAAAACACAAAAGUUGUAAGUUUUUUUUAGAUUUAUUCCAUUAGAUCUUCAUGA